CAAAAAGUAUCUUGCAUGGCGUGCACGUCGUGCGACGCAUUGCGCAGCGCGCUGGUGCACUCCAAGACCGCGCUGGCGGCGACAACCUCUGAGCUCGCGGCGCUUCGGGUUCACACCGAACAGCGUCUGCCCGAUCUGGGCGCCUACCGCCUGUACGUUGUCCACGCCCGCAGCCAAGUGCGCGCGUUGCAAGCGCAGCUAGAUGCGGAGCGCGCGCUCUCAGACGAGCUGCGUCGUGAGCUCGUGACGUACAAAGCUGCUUCGUUGGCACCGAUCGAGACGCGCCCACGGCACGACUCGUUGCUCUCGUCCGUCGCGGCGCUCGAAGCGACCAUUGCUUCGAUGGCGUCCGACCACAAACCGUAACGACAACAUAUUGUCCUAUAAAAUACACAAAGAUUACGUGGUGCGUA